AGAAUUCAAUUUUUUUUUGGGGGGGGGGGGGGGGUAUAAUUGUGCUUUUAUUGUCAGUCUGUAAUAAAACAUAUUAUGAAUGAAAAUCAUAUUGUUUUUGGUGAUUCUUUUUGUUACCAAGAAAAUAGGGUAUCCUUGGAGGUUACUCUAAAUGGUAGUCCUCAGGUGGGAGAAAAGGGGGCUAACACCUGUGUACUGCGUAUACACACCGGUGGUAGCUAGGUAAACAUUAAUUGGCUCCCUUCAUAGCUGACAUCAGCCUGUAUGGUAUCCCUGUUAUGUAAUACAAUUUGGGAAUUGCAAAUGGACUGGCCCAAUCUAAAGGUUGCGUACCUUAAUAAAGUGAGUUUCUACUGAUCAAUUCAUUUGUGACCGCAUCUGCCAUGGACGUGGAAGAGUACCAUGAUUUGUUCAACUUCCUUAGAAGUCCAGAUGAACAGAGAGAAUGGCCAAGCCAUGUCAAGACAAAAACCCAGAAAAACAACUAUCGGAGAAAGGCAAAGGUCUUUACACUUCAGGAUGGUACUUUAUUCUACAAUCACAGAAAGCAUUCCUUAGUAAGGGUUAUACAUGCUGAUGAAAAAGAUGCCAUUCUAAAAGGAUGUCACACUAGUGCUUCAGCUGGACACCAAGGAGUGAACAGGACUGCAAUGAAGAUUAGAGAACGAUACUGGUGGAUGGGAAUGCAGCAGGACAUUGUUGACUAUGUGCAAAGUUGUGACAAAUGCCAGCGAGAAAACCGUCUACGAAAAACACCAUCUGUGUUACAUCCGAUACCAGUUCAAGGUGACCCAUUUUCCAUGGUUGGAUUAGAUCUUGUAGGACCUCUCCAGGAAACAAAAAAGGGGAACAAGUAUAUUGCAGUUCUGACAGAUUACCUGACCAAGUACGUUGAAGUGAAAGCCCUGCCCUCCAAAAAUGCAGAAGAAAUUUGUGAGUUCAUCAUAGAGGUGGUUUGCCGACAUGGUUGCAUCAAGACCCUAAUCACUGACCAAGGAAGAGAAUUUUGUAAUGCUUUGAAUGAAGAGUUAUGCCAGAUGUUAGGGAUUGAGCAUCGUGUAUCAGCACCAUAUCAUCCACAAACAAAUGGACUUACAGAACGCUUCAACCAGACUCUCUGUUCUGCACUUGCCAAAUAUGUGAAUGAAAAGCAAGAUGACUGGGACCGAUACCUACAUCAAGUUGCCUUUGCUGCCCGCACUUGUCAACAGAAAUCAACAAAAGAGACACCAUUCUACCUACUCUAUGGAAGAAAAGCAGUUCUGCCAGUUCAAGUGGAUAUUCCAACAUCAGUGCCAAAUACAGAGAUGUCCCUUAAAGAUGAUGAGUUUGCUGAAAUCUACAAUGACAGAGUGACUUCCUUUGUAGAGCUUAUUAAGGCCAGGGAAAAUGCCAAAGAAAGCAUCAGCAAAGAACAGAAGAAGCAGAAGAUUUAUUAUGAUAAGAGACAUGGAUCAAACCACAGCCUUCAACCUGGCCAAAAAGUUCUCCUCAAGAAUGCAAAGCGAAUCAACAGAAAAGGUGACAAAAUGGCUCACAGAUGGAUUGGACCAUAUACCAUCUCAACAUGUGUAGGGAAAGGUGUUUUUAAGCUUGUGGAAAGAAGAGGAGUUGUGAACAUUAAGAGCAUCAAGCCUUAUCAACAAAAUCUGCAAAAGACAAUGGAGAAACCUAAUGGUAAACAUGUUGAGAAAAUCCAGGCCAUGCAGUCCAGAGGAAAGCAGUCCUCCUUGAAAAAUUGUGGACUUGAGAGACGUCGCAAUAAAAUGAGUUCAACCAUUGCAGCAACAGGUAGAUUGAGGCCAAUUCUUCCCAGACGAUCAAAGGCUGCAAGUGCCACAGAUAACAAGACUGCUGUUGAUCAACACAGGCACAAGAAUGUGGGUGGAAAGUCCAAAAACUCAAAAUUAAAAGAACUUCCAAACAGAAGAAAGUCCAACACUACAAAACCUUCUCCCAUCCCAGCCAUGAGACCAUUUCUAAGGACUUCUGCGAUACCUAAUGUUCAUGAAGACAGGCAGAAAAGACCACAGAAAAGAAAAAGAUCAGCUCCAGUUGAAGAAACCCUCCCUAAGCGAAGAAGAGUUGCCAAACAUUUGAAAACCUACAAAGAAGAAGAUAUUAUGGAUGUCAUAAACAGAUGCAUGAGUUUGAACUUCUGCCCAGCAAGAACUAUGUCUGCCAUGUCACUUGCACAGAAACAUUGCCCUAUGAUGUCAUUUUACCUGGACAGCCAAAGAGACAAUGAUGAUGAACUGGACCUCUGUAUGCAAGACCUUCUACGUAUUGUUCAGUCAAAGAAAAGACAGUCUUUAGCAGACCCAUCGCAGAUAGUUCCAGGUCUAAUGCUUGCCUCUGCUUUAUUUGUUGAGUCGGAAAAACAUGCCACAGAAGCUGCCAAAUUGAUUCAAACUUUUGAAAAAGUUCCCUUAGCUGAGCCAGUUCCCUCCAUUAUGAAGACAAGAGAAGAUAUCCAUCGCUAUAGGGUUGGUGGCAUUGUUUUGAAAGAAGAGGAUUUCAGCACUCUGGAUUCUCAGAACUGGGUGAAUGACAAGAUUAUCCAUUCCUAUCUGGGGUUGCUGACAUGGCAAACAAAUUUAAGAGAGGCACAUGCAGCAUAUGUUCUUCCUUGUUUUCUGGCAGCAAAGUGGGAAAGUGGAGAUUAUUCAUCGUGGAUGUUUGAAAAGGUUCCCCUUCAUUUAUAUGAAGUACUCCUUUUGCCUGUAUGCUACCAGAACCAUUGGUUCUUGAUGGUUGGCUACCCAAAAUUUGAAACCAUCAUGGUUUUGGAUUCCUUACCAAACAAGCAGAGAGAGGAACGCUACAUAAGUCACUGGAGGCAUUUCAUGGAAGCUCGUUUCGAUGUUGACCCAGAAACACCACUGACAUGGACCCAUACCCCCAACACUUCAUCAUCUCAGAGGGAUGGCAACUCAUGUGGGGUUUUUGUCCUAAUGAAUGCUGCAGCUGUGUUGAGAAAAAUGCCUCCCCAAAUUAUGCGCCAGUGCCAUGCUAUGGACUACAGGGUGUAUGUGACAAAGAUACUUCUUGGGAAAGGCAGAGAGGACAGCAAAGGCCUUGCUUGCGACCUACCAUUCUGCGCAUCCAACUACAAACGACAAGUUCAGUGUGGAAAGUGUUUGCGUUGGUGCCACCAUGCCUGCCUUGGUAUUUCUCAGAAGGACACUGUGACACAUUGUAUUUUUUGUGUUUGAUGAUUAAUGAUGAAUCUGUCUGUUUGUUAUUUAGUUUGUUGUAUUUGAAGUUAUAGUGUUUAUGAUAUAAACAUAAUAUAACUAACUGUUUUUCUCGUGAUUCUUUUGUACUCAAAUUCAGCAUGCAUUCAUUUCAAAUAAGAGGAAGAUUCAAUGUUUUGUAACCAUAAGGCAAAAAUAAAAUUAUCAUUUGUUUGGAAUUGCCUCCCACCUUUUUAAAAUACCUAUUACUGAUAAAAUUAUAUUUGCAAACAAUGAAAAAUAACUUUUUUUAAUGUGGAGAUUUUUAUUUUUACCAAUUUUUAAUUAGUUAAACUUGAAGUUUAAAAAUAAAAAAUAAUCCGUCCCUCCCUCCUGGGUCAAAAAACCUCCAGGUGGCAAUUCCAAACAAAUAUUUUUUUAAAAGAUGGCCUAAUAUCUAUGAAAAAAAAACCAGAGGCCCAAAUAGCCACAUCACUAAAUUAUAAUGAUAUUAACCUGAGCAUCAAUGGUCAUAACUUUUGUCAAAACACCAUUAAGAACUCCACACAAAUAAUACUGUAUACAGGGUUAUUUUUGCCCUAUUUAAUUUUUGCCCUUCUACUACCAGGGUAUUGCAAACAGUUUUGCCCCAUCUUAAAUUCGGCCAGAAGCAGUUGUCUUUAAAGAAAGAUGAUUAGAAACAUUUGAAUUUACAUAGUUGUAAAUUAGCCCGUUGACAACAAGGGCAUAAGGAGCGAAAAUUAAACGGGCUAAUAUUUCCAUAUACAGUAUCUUGACAGUUUAGUAGCAUUUAGAUACAGUUUAAGGUGGAAUGUCCCUCUGAUAAGAGAGAUAACUUCUGUAGAAAAUAAUAUCACUUUGUUUCUGUUAACUCACAAUUAUUAAUGCAUGUAACAACAAGGGAAGUGGUGCAUGGUCCCAAUUUAUGUUGGAAGGCGAUACACUUAAUUGAAUUCAAGGAUAGAAAGA